AUGCUGCUCUUCUGCCCUGGCUGCGGGAACGGGCUCAUCGUGGAGGAGGGACAGCGCUGCCACCGUUUCGCCUGCAACACCUGCCCCUACGUGCACAACAUCACCCGCAAGGUAACAAAUCGGAAGUAUCCAAAGCUGAAAGAAGUGGAUGACGUGCUGGGUGGAGCAGCGGCCUGGGAGAACGUGGACUCCACUGCAGAGCCGUGUCCCAAAUGUGAGCAUCCUCGCGCCUAUUUCAUGCAGCUGCAGACCCGCUCUGCCGACGAGCCAAUGACCACCUUCUACAAGUGCUGCAACGCGCAGUGCGGACACCGCUGGAGGGACUAG